CAGUUUUUCUGGAUGCAACAACUUACUAGAAAAGGCGAUGCUUCUGGUGAAAUGAGUGCAUAUGCUAGCUUGUUUAAAGAACAUCAUAUCACUGGAAAGCGAUUGCUCCUUCUAGAAGAAGAAGAUUUAAAGGACAUGGGAAUCAUUUCCAGAGGACACAUCAUCCACCUAAAGACUGCUAUUGAGAAGUUAACCCAUGACUACCUAAAUCUGUUUCAUUUUCCACCAUUAAUUAAGGCAAGUCUCAUUGUUUUUGUAAGAGUGCUUCUCAUGUUGGUAUAAAUACUUCACUGCUUU